CUCACCUUCGCCAGAGCUGCGACACUUCAAUGACACAUUCGUCGCCACCUCGAGGCGCCUGGUCCAUCGCUUGUUAUCAAUCUGCACCAUCGCUCGACAUUGUUGUCACCUUCAACUAACACCGCCCCUCGACAAGUGCGACAGGCCACCACCGCCACCAACCCAUCACCCGCCCGCGUGCAGCGCUUAGCACGCCGACCAUUGCCAGUUAAUGUCCACACUUACUACCGAGACCAAAUCGCUUUGGGAUUUGAGUGAUGUUAUCGAGUUUCACAAUGCGGCACUGAGCCAUGCGGACUCCACUGCAGCCAUUUCGCACAAGGAGAGCGACAGUAACCCGCGAGGUAGCAAUGAUGGCGAGCUUGACGAGAGCAAUGGAGGCGUCAGUCUGGGAAGCUUCGACAAGAUCUGGCAGUUUCUAGGCACUCCAGUGCCAACCAAGGACGAAUCGCCUCGAAUCGAUCUCCAAACACGAUCCAUCAAGCCAGCUCGGAAGCUGGACUACACCUCGGAUGGCGCAGCCUACACACUGUCUCGUCCCAAGCCCAUCCAGCGGCACCCUUCAUUCACCGACGGUACCGACGGCGAGGAUAUUUGGGCUAUCAGUUCAAAGGCCACUGAUGCAACACCUUUGACCAAGACGCAGAAGAAGCGCAUGCGUAGAAAAGAGAGGCGGGAGCAAGAGAUCGCUCAGGCGCGUCUCAAUGGCGGCAGAGCUGAUGCAAUAUCUGAAUCAGAAGCAGAGACCGCGGGGAGGAAGACACCUGCGCGCAAGGCAUCAGCACAUGUCAUGAAAGAGAAGAACAAGGAACAGACAGCGUCGCAGGUAACAAAUAAGCCGGGGAGCAGUCAGAACGCUACAGUGGUAUCGAAGGUGCCUGCGGCGCCUAACCGAGCGAAGACUCCCGUGCCUGAGAAAGCAAAGACGGCCAAAGUGCCUCCACUGCCCGGAAAGGACAACUCCACGGACCAAGCUGUCAACGCUGUCGCUGCAGCAAUGGCUGCUAUCAGCACCAAGCCUCCGCAACAGCAGCCUUCGACUCCAAAGCAGACCUUCAGACAGCUGGUCGCUCAAUCUCAACCAGUACGCAAAACACAAAUUCAACAACCGCAAGCUGUAGGCAAACUUCACCUGGUUCCUGCAUCUGUUGGUGUACAGCCAAAGCUUGCCUCACAGAAUAAUGCAACGCUCGGCAUCAAUCCUACUCCUGUUGCUAUGAGCAUGCACGUUCCCACAGCGCCUGCCAGUGCCAAAAAGGCGCGGCCACAGCCAGUCAUUGAACCGAAAAUCAUCCGAUCUGGUGAAGACCGACACUGGGCUCUGCUUAUGAAGCUAAUCAGUGAGUUCGGUCAGGACCGGAAGCACUUGGUGGCGCCGAUGAAUCUAGCCAGCCAUAACAACGACCCCAAAGGCAUCCACGUCUUCGUGGACGCUUCCAACAUAUGCAUUGGAUUCAUGGACAUGUUAAAGUCCACGAGAGGCAUCCAUCCAAUGGCACAUCUCCCGCAGGCCAAUCUUUCUUUCGACGGCCUCGCUCUGUUAAUGGAACGUCGACGUCCAGUUGCCAAGCGUGUUCUCGCCGGUUCCUAUCCAUGGCUACCGGCAUUCGACAAAGCAAAAGCAAUCGGUUAUGAAAUGAACAUGUUCGAAAAAGUGUACAAAGCUCGCGAGCUCACCGAUCGUCAGCUCUACUUCCAACAGCAGGAUGCCCGUCGCUAUAGUAAGAGCGGGAAAAAGCCUGCUGUGCACCCAGGUGCUACAAUCAUCAAGUCGGGCACAUCUCCUCCUGUGUACUCAGUCCUCGGAAACGGCAUUGGCAGCGGAAGCGGCAGUGGCACGGAAACGUCUACUGCGCCGCAAUACGCGCCUGCCAAGAUGAUUGAACAAGGUGUCGAUGAGAUCCUCCACUUGAAGAUGAUGGAGAGUAUUGUUGACUACGAAGUUCCAAGCACUAUGGUGCUUGCAACUGGUGAUGCCGCGCAGGCAGAGUACAGCCAAGGUUUCAUGGCUAUGGCUGAAAGAGCAUUGAAGAAAGGGUGGACUGUUGAAUUGAUCUCUUGGAGUAAGAACAUAAGUAAAGCUUAUGUCAAGAGCAAUUGGGAGGGAGCCUGGAAUGGACGAUUCAAGAUCAUCUAUUUGGACGACUUCGCCGAAGAACUCCUUGAUAUGUAAAGGACGUAUCGGGAGGAAAAGGUGUGUUUCUUUCGGCUUCUCGAAGACACACUGGCACUGGGUGCCGUGGUGGUAUGCUAAGCCCUUGGACAUUACUGUAGAGCGGAGAAGUUGCAUGGGCUACGAGAUGUGUAUAUCUUGACCAUCUUUGUCUCUCGCUGAACCGAAAUAUCACACCGCAUCUUUGCACUCCUCGCUGAUUGCCAUCCGUCGCCCUUUUAUGUUCCUGUGCUGAGUGGAUAUCUUCCCAAAACUUCAAUACCGUCUGCAAAGUCUGAAUCGCCCCACCGACCAACGCCAUCUUGAGCCCCUCACCCCUUACUUUCGCCUCCUCGAAACGUAGUCUCUCUACCCGCAUCGCGCUGAGCAAAUCGUGCACCGUUACCCCUCCGGCCCGCUGGACUUUAAUGGCACCGAGGCAAAACUGUUUGCCGCAAAGGUACUCCGUGCCUGGCGAAGAUUGAAGAGGCUCGAAGU